AUGACUCCACACCUACAGCAUAGCAGAGACCUACUAAUAAGUUUAGUCGAACCGUCAUGUGUACGCAAUUUCUCUGAAAAGAUAUCACGAGAUAUUCUUUUGGACUACAAAAAUGUAGCGACCAAUGCAGUAACCAAAGCUGUUGACACAACCACGUCUAGGGCCAGCGAGCAAGUGCAAACCCUGGCCUCGAGGAUGCUAAGCCACAUAUCAAGUAUUGAGCGAUUGGUUUUUAUGAACGAGGGUAAGAAAUGGGCUUUCGAUUUAGUUCUACUUGCAGGACGACACUCAAACUUGGAUCACCUAAAAAUCGACCAUGAUCACCAGGUGUUUGAUGCAGCCGCUGAUAAUUUGCUCUUACAAGUCGCCAAGGCAAUUAAACAGGAAGACCCAACUUUCAGACCUGCCGAUGCCAUGGAAAUUCUGAUAGACGAGAUUGAAACUACAGGGCACUCUGGAUAUUUCCCACAAUCUUAUAAACUGUUUUUAAGUUGGAUGCCAGAUGUGGAGAGCGCUCAUGUGCAAAAGCAUGUCGAUGACCUUCAUGCAAGAAUCGCCGAUGCUCAUGCUGCUGUGCAGCGCAGACUCAUCAUUUGUAUCAACGAUCACUCCAGUCCCACCAGCGAUCUCCUUGGAAGAAAGAUGAGAGAAUAUAUCGACGAUGUUGUGAGGCUUAGUCACAAACUGGGAGGGCUGCUUCCUGCAAUUGAUCUAAUGCUUUUCCUCGGAGAGUGUUCAUACACGAAAAUGAAAGGACUAGGUCCACUUUAUGGUUGGACCGCCAAGGGCAAAUUUCGAUGUAAUCGAGAAUUUGAUUUGAUUGGAGAUACUCAAUUGGAAAAACUACUCGACAGAGCGGACCGUGAAGAUCGACAACUCGACGAGAAUAUCCAUGAACGGAUCAAGAAGUCCAUUGACUACCUUAAGCCAUAUGGCAUCACUACCUACUUUCCAUCAUCAUAUCGCGCCAUCUGUCGAUUAUUGGGGAGAGAGGCAUGA